AGCUCCUUGUCCACCGUUCCUCGUCCCCGCCCCCCAUUUCGCCUUCGACCUUCAUCCACAGCCAGCCGCCACCCACCGAGAAAGCCCAAAAACCCACCAAACACAGCCUCCGUGAGUUCGAGCGAGGUAAGCAUAGAUCCGAGCGAGUUCUUGCGUCUCCAAGGUAAGGUUCUCCGAAACUCCAACCCUCUUCCUCUCCCCUGUUAAUCUCGUCUUCUUCGUGAUCCAAGAGCAGAGAGUGAGGUCUCCAGGGCAUUUUAGAUCCAGGGAGCUUCAGAUCUGUUCCUUUCCCCUUGUGUUCUAGUACUAGUAUCAUUAUAGGUGGCCAAGAGAGGUUCUUUUUCCACACCUCCUUGCUGCUUCCGUGUAGAUCUACCACCAACGCCAUCUGUUUUUGCUGUGGCUGUUGAUUUCCUCUGCCUGUUCUUCAUUUUGGUUUGGGAACCAGGCAGCUUUCUUCUUGUUCUCCUUUUUAUUAAGAAAAAAAAAUUCAAAAAAAAAAGUUUCUUCAGAUCCUUGAAACUAGAGUAGAUGGCUGCAGCUAUAGAUCUGUCCGGGGAAGAGCUGAUGAGAGCACUCGAGCCUUUUAUCCGGGAUGCCUCUGCUUCCCCUCCUCCACUCAACUCACAUCCCAGCCCCACCUCGCCAUUCUCCUUCCCCCACGCCGCGUACCAAGGGUACCCGUACGGGGUGCAGGCCCAGGCCCAGGCCGAGCUCAGCCCGGCCGAGAUGCACUACAUCCAGGCACGCCUCCACCUCCAGCGCCAGACCGGCCCGCCGGGCCACCUCGGCCCGCGGGCCCAGCCCAUGAAGCCGGCUUCCACGGCGGCGGCGACCCCGCCGCGGCCGCAGAAGCUUUACCGCGGCGUGCGGCAGCGGCACUGGGGCAAGUGGGUGGCCGAGAUCCGCCUCCCCCGCAACCGCACCCGCCUCUGGCUCGGCACCUUCGACACCGCCGAGGAAGCCGCCCUCGCCUACGACCAGGCCGCGUACCGCCUCCGCGGGGACGCCGCGCGGCUCAACUUCCCCGACAACGCCGCCUCCCGCGGCCCCCUCGACGCCUCCGUCGACGCCAAGCUCCAGACCCUCUGCCAGAACAUCACCGCCUCCAAGAACGCCAAGAAGUCCAAGUCAUCCUCCGCUUCCGCAGCCACUUCAUCCACCCCCACAAGCAACUGCUCUUCGCCGUCUUCCGACGAGGCGUCGUCCUCUCUGGAGUCGGCGGAGUCAUCGCCGUCGCCCGCCACCAACGCAGCAGAGGUUCCGGAGAUGCAGCAGCUCGACUUCAGCGAGGCGCCAUGGGACGAGGCCGCAGGAUUCGCCCUCACCAAGUACCCCUCGUACGAGAUCGACUGGGACUCGCUCCUCGCCACCAACUGACACCCAGUUCGUCUCAUCUCGGUCUCUGCUAAGCUACUACUAGUACUAGUACCCCGUCUUUAGCGUUGUCAUGGAUCUAGGUUAGUGUUAAUGGUCGCCGCGAUGCAGAUGGCAUUUUAGACAUUCUGCACCGGCCUUUGGCGGAUUAGCUCCCGUAUUCUUCUGAUCCUUGUUCGUUGUGUAGAUCUCCGAUUUGUUUCUCUCUUGUGUAGGGUUUGGUUUUAGUAGUCCCCGGAGGACGGUAAAGCCGGCGUUUUUGUGCCCGGCGUCUCCGGUGGCCGGUCACUGGUCAGUGACCCCGGCCGGUAAAAGUCUUGUGUCCGUCGUUCUAGCUAUAGAUGCUGUUGCUUCCACUGCUCUGCAGAUUGUAAGAGUGGUCGAACGUCGUGUAAAAUUAGCCCGUCCAGAAAUUGUAACGUGGAUUAUUAUUAUUUUGUUACUGUCAGUGCUAUUAAUUCCUUCUGUA